AUGAAGACUCCUACAAGUCCCACUCAGCUCCUUGAGAAUGGCCAACUGUGUUUUCCGUUCGGAGGCUGUGUGGAGGUGAAGGAGCCCUCCGAGGGGCAGGUCCAGCAGGAGAGGAGGAAACUGCUGUUCUCCCUGUGCGAGGUCUGCAACAUCCAGCUCAACUCCGCCGCCCAGGCUCAGCUCCACUACAACGGCAAAUCUCACCUGAAGAGAGUCAGACAGCUCAACAACGGAGACACUCCAUCAGCCAGCGCAAACACACCCCCCCUGCCAACCCUCACCAACGCCAACAGCAGCACAGGAAGUUCCUGCCAUAGCGGCACGCUGCCUGCGCUGGUGCGGACCCCGUCUGUGAUGAUGCAGUCCGCUCUGGAUAUGAAGCCUUUCAUGCCCUUCCCCGUAGACACAUCGUCUCCCGUCGGACUCUUCCCCAACUUUAACACGAUGGAUCCUGUCCAGAAAGCUGUAAUCAACCACACAUUUGGAGUCUCCAUCCCUCCGAAGAAAAAGCAAGUUAUUUCCUGCAACAUUUGCCAGCUUCGAUUUAAUUCAGAUAGCCAAGCCGAGGCACACUACAAAGGCAGCAAACAUGCCAAGAAGCUCAAAGCACAGGAGUCCACGAAAACUAAGCAGAAAAGUGCUGCUACCCAGGACAGCGCAAAGACAAUCACCACCUCCUCCACUGCUCUCACUGCCAGCAACUCUGACCAACCAGAGAAAAGCAGCGAGCACCCCUGCACGCACAAAGCAAUGGUUUCUCCCGGAGCUUUUGUGCCCACUUCAGCAUCAGCAUCAGCCGUGGCCGUGCCCGGCCUCUGUAAGGCAGUGCCCACGCCAGCCAGCCCUCCCGCUGAGCCAACGGUACCGGGAGCGUCCCUGAAGACCGCCUCCAAACCAGCACCUGUGGCCCAGCCCGAGCCCAACCUCGAAUCUGAGGAGGAGAAAGCCAAAAAGCUCCUGUACUGUUCGCUUUGCAAGGUCGCUGUCAACUCCCUCUCCCAGCUGGAAGCUCACAAUACAGGUUCAAAGCACAAAACGAUGUUGGAGGCUCGUAACGGAGCAGGGCCAAUCAAAGCCUAUCCCAGACCAGGUUCCAAACUCAAAGUCCAGGCCACCGUGCUGAAAGGGUCCGGCCUACAGAACAAAACGUUCCAUUGUGAAAUCUGUGACGUCCAUGUCAAUUCGGAGAUCCAACUCAAACAGCACAUCUCCAGCAGACGGCAUAAGGACAGAGUGGCAGGAAAACCGACGAAACCCAAAUACAGCCCAUACAACAAACAGCAACGCAGCUCCAGCACCUUGGCAGCCAAACUGGCUCUGCAGAAGGACCUGGUCAAGCCUAUUUCUCCUGCCUUCAUCUCCACUCCUUUCUCCCCAACCAGCGUCCCCUCCAUCUCGCUCCACCCGCGCCCCAGCGCCUCCAUCUUUCAGACUGCUACGCUACCCCCCUCGUUCCUGCGUGCCGCUCCAGGGCCCAUCCGGCCCACCACAGGGUCCAUCCUCUUCGCCCCGUAUUGA